AUGUCUCCCAAACAGAGGAAGAACCCCUCCCGCGAGAAAAAGCAGACCUCCUCCACCGAGUCUUCUUUGACAUCCCCCACCAUACCUACAACAAAUUACCGUGAAAUCCACCAGACAGAGGCGGAAGCUCUGCAAUCGAUAUAUGGUGAUGACUAUGAAGAAGUCCAGCUGCGGCGAUCGGCAUGGCAGCAAACUUCCGACGUGACUUUCAAGCUCCACCUCCGAGCUUCCUCGAACCCGGAUGUUCGCCUCGUGCUACUUGUCGAGCUGCCUGCAACUUAUCCCAAAACGGUUCCGAACAUAUCACUGGAAAACCUGAACGAAUUUCGCGAUGGGGCCCGCUCCCGCAUACAGGAAAUUCUUCGCGCAAAGCCGAAGACGCUACUGGGAAGCGAGAUGAUCUAUGAGCUAGCGGUAUCUAUCCAGGAUGUUUUGGAGGAUGUUGCUCAAGCUCGGGAACAGGAUAAAGAUCUUCCCAGCCUUGAAGAAGAACGAAUGGAGCAAAAAGCCGCGGCCAUCCAGCGGGCGGAGCUUGAAAAGCAGGAAGAACUACGAAAGCAAGAAGCCGAAUAUGCGAAGGAAGAGCGCGAACUACAGGAGAUGCUCCAAGAUAAGCGACGACGCAACAAGGCCCAGUCAAGACGCAAGAGUCGAACCAGCGGGUUCGAUUUCAAUGACAUGGGUGAUCUCGUGGAGAACACCUCAGAAGUCAUGACAUUUGACCCUCCAGUUACGGUCAAUGAUACCGACGAGCAACCAUUGGUAUUCCGUGCUGUCUACGGAAAAUCUCUGCUGCAACGCAAGCCGGGCAAGACGACCUUCACCGUGAGACCUGUCGUGUCCAAAGACCGAUGUAAUGUCCCACUCCUUGUUCUCAAGGAAAUUAGUCUUAGUGAAAAGGGCUCGAAUACCUUCUCAUUUAGGGAGCAGAUGCGGACUAGCGAAGAUAAACUGGAGGGCUUGAGACGGCUUCGACAUCCCAAUUUGGUGGGAUUUGUGGGAUUCACGAUCAUUCCGCCCAAAAUCCCCGUGAAAUCCCCUGAAAACUCCGGGAAAGUUCGCGCCCUCGUGGAGUUUGCCAAUAAGGGUUCACUUUUGGAGAUGCUUGAUAUUGUGGGCACAGUUGCCGUUGAAACACUUCGAGGCUGGAUGAUUCAGCUUUUAGAGGCGUUGGAGUUUUAUCAUCGCAAUGGAUUUGUUCAUGGCAAUAUCCACAGUGGAAGAAUUAUGCUCGCUCCAACCAUGAAGACCGACGUCUGGGAUCUCGGUAUCGUGUUACUUCAAAUGGCCUUUGGAAAAGACGUCCUUCUGAGAUAUACAUCGGCCAACCAACUGAUGGUGUCCAUGGGACUCUCCCCACCACUUCAAGAUUUGCUUCGCGAAUUCUUCCGUCCAGACCCGAGAAAGCGCCCAACGGCCUUCCAACUUCAGCCUUCGGAGUUCUUCCGUGUGGAUGCGCCACUAAUCAUGCGUGAACGGUCUUCAAAUUCUGUAUCUUUGCAGAGACGCCCACGACUGGACUCUUUUGGUGCUAUUUCAGCCCUGUCUCGUUACCACCAGGACUUUGAUGAGGCUGGUCAGCUGGGUCGUGGUGGCUUCGGCCAGGUCGUGAAAGCUAGGAACAAGCUGGAUGGCCGGUUCUAUGCUGUUAAGAAGAUUUCUCAGACGUCUGCUGCGGCAUUGAAAGAUACACUAUCAGAGAUCAUGCUACUGUCACGGUUGAAUCAUCCGUAUGUCGUGCGAUACUAUACUGCCUGGCUCGAAGAGGAUUUCAAUCACAUCGAGUCAGCAGCCAUGUCUUCCACUGAGGGGGAUCCCUUUGCCAGUCAAGGCCGCCGCGGAUUCAGUACCGGCGGCCUUGACUUCAUCAGUUCCAGUGGAUAUCCGAAGAUCGAAUUUGCCGCCUCGGAUAGUGACGAUGAAAACGAGGGAACGAUAUCCAAUCGCGAUACCGGAGACAACCCCGAAGACUGGGGAACAGGCAGCGCAGAAAAUGCCGAGUACAGUCACACAAGAUCAAGCUCCUAUGGUAGAGCCGUCUUGACUACAUUGUAUAUCCAGAUGGAGUAUUGCGAAAAGCACACACUGCGAGAUUUGAUCAAGAACGGCUUGUACGAUGAUGUCGAUCGAUCCUGGCGUCUGUUCCGACAGAUUCUCGAUGGCCUGAGUCACAUCCACGGACAUGGCAUUAUUCAUCGAGACUUGAAACCAGAUAAUAUCUUCAUUGAUGUAGCCAAUAACCCUCGAAUCGGUGAUUUUGGGCUUGCCACCAGUGGGCAAUUCACAACAGCGGUACGCUCAUCCGCGGCGGCUGACUUUGAGGGAGACUUCACUCGUAGCCUUGGGACAACAUACUAUGUUGCUCCCGAGAUGAAAUCUGGUUUCUCGGGUCACUAUAAUGAGAAAGUUGAUAUGUAUUCCCUCGGUGUAAUUCUGUUCGAAAUGUGCCACCCACUACCAACAAGCAUGGAGCGCGACCAAACACUGCGGGCCAUCAGAGAGCCGAACCAUAUACUCCCGGAAACCUUCCAGCAAUCUGAAAAGGUCGUCCAAGGGCAGAUUAUUGAGUCGCUUCUUAGCCACAUCCCCAGUGAACGACCUACUGCCGCCGAACUUCUUUCCAGUGGAAGAAUCCCUCUCCAAGUUGAGGAAGAGACUUUCAGACGUGCUAUCGUGCACUUACUUUCAGAUCCAAACUCGCCAGACUACAAGAAAAUCCUGUCUGCGAUUUUCUCUCAAUCGCCGAAAAAAUUUGAGGAUCUUGCUUGGGACAUGGACUCACAUGGAGUGCCCGCAGCAAAUGAGCUGCUCAUUCAGGGUCUCGUGAGGGAGAAACUGACCUCCAUCUUCCGGAGGCACGGCGCAGUAGAGUCGACCAGACAGAUGCUGUUCCCACGAUCCCAGCACUACUCUGGCGGGGCUGUUCGUCUCUUGGACGCAUCGGGCAACCUUCUUCAGUUGCCCUUUGAUCUGACAGUCCCAAAUGCGCGUGCAAUCCCCCGCCAAGAUCCUUCUUUGGAAAAGACUUUCGCCUUUGGAACGGUUUAUAGGGAGUCUACACAUGGAAGUGAGCCUCGUACUCACCGCGAGGUGGAUUUUGACAUCGUGUCUUACAACACGCUGGAUCUAGCACUGAAGGAAGCGGAAGUGAUCAAAGUACUUGACGAGAUCAUCGAAGAAUUCCCUCCUCUUCGAUCUGCAUCAAUGUGCUUCCUGAUCAAUCAUUCUGACCUCUUGCAACUGAUCAUGGAAUUCUGUCGCAUCACACCUCCCCAGAUUCCAUUGGUGAAGGAAGUCAUUAGCAAACUGAAUGUUGGCAAAUGGACCAUGCAGAAAAUUCGAAGUGAACUUCGGUCUCCUGCUAUUGGUGUUGCUUCAACCUCUCUGGACGAUCUCGCCCGCUUUGAUUUCAGAGAUAAUCCGAAAGAGACCCAGCGAAGGUUGCAAACCAUCAUGGAAGGCACUGAGUAUGCUGAGCGGAUUUCCCCUAUAUUCGCCCGCUUGAAUGUUCUCAUGACCUAUCUGCAAUGCUUUGGUGUGAAGCGAAAGAUCUUUGUCAAUCCCUUAAGUAGUCUACACGACAAGUUUUACCGAGGCAGUGUCUUGUUCCAGUGCAUCUUUGACAGCAAGCGCCGCGAUGUCUUCGCCGCAGGUGGUCGAUAUGAUCGUUUGAUCCAAGAAUUUUCGCCCAAGGUUCUGUCCAACCGACCCCAAGCGCACGCGGUCGGAUUCAAUCUCAGCUCUGAUAGACUUGGCUCGUCUAUGAGGGAGCACCUGAACUCCAGAGCUGCACCGAAAGACACUGACACGGGCGCCGAGCUGUACUGGACAACACGCAGGUGCGAUGUCCUCGUUUCUAGCUUUGACGCAACAGUUCUCCGCACUACUGGAGUCAAGAUAAUCGAGGAUCUCUGGGCGAACGAUAUCAGCGCAGAGCUUGCCGUUGACGCCUCCUCCCUCGAAGAGCUUAUGAUCAAGUACCGCGAGCAUAACCACAACUGGAUCGUGAUCGCGAAGCAAGACAGCAAGGAGCGGGGCUAUAAAGUCCGGAAUCCCCAGCGCAGGGAGGAGUAUGAUAUUCGCAGCUCCGAACUUGUACCUUGGCUUCGAUUCGAGGUUCAGGCCCGGCUCCAUCGUGAAGGCAUGGUGGAUCUUCGGCAAUCACGCCAAUCUGUGCAACAGGAUACUCUCUUGUCUAACGAGAAGGCGAAUGAUGUUCGUAUUCUCGUGCCUCAGCACAGGAGCAAAAAGACAAACCGAAGAAACAUUGUCGAGUCAGGUACGUUUAGGCAAUCCCAUUCAUCCAUUGCAGACCUAAUAGAGAAUCUAGCUCUUCUUCGCGCGCGUGAGGUCGCCGAGAAUGCUCGCAACGGUCCCGUCGCCGCCAUUGACACCCGCGACGACGUCCUCGACUCUAUUCGCGAUACUCGCCUCUCCGAUCCCGACAGCUGGCGAACCGUCAUCCAAAACGCACCGUUAACAGAACGCAAAUACAUCAGCCAAGUAUACGAACUACUUAGCGACCUCGCCUCGGAAGCCCGCUCCAGCGAAAGCACAGAAAGCUGCACCAACGCAUUCAUCUACAACUAUCGAACCGGCUCAUGCGUGUACUACGACCUCGGUCCCGGCGACAGGUAA